AACCUAGUUUCUCUCCUGGGAAGCGCUGGCUCGGUGGGUAGCCCUGGGAGGCGAUCGGUUGCCAGUUUGCAAGCGGGAGGCGGAGCUCAGGACUGAUGCAAUCCGGCCUCGUGUUACAGAAGGCUUGCCAGACUUCCCCUUCUCGCUUUCGGUUGACACACGGAUGAAUUGGAGGCGUGGAAGUCUCCUGCCAACUGCUCUUCUAGUGCGGAAGCAAUUGUGUUCCUCCUCCUCUGAGCUCAGCUUUGAAUCAAGGUCAUCAUGUGUGGCAUUUGGGCUCUUUUUGGGAGCGAUGGAUGCCUCUCUGUUCAGUGUCUGUGUGCCAUGAAAAUAGCACACCGAGGCCCGGAUGCUUUCCGAUUUGAGAAUGUCAAUGGAUUCACCAACUGCUGUUUUGGCUUCCAUCGUCUGGCAAUUGUGGACCAGCUGUAUGGAAUGCAGCCUCUACGAGUGAAGAAAUUUCCCUACUUGUGGCUGUGUUACAAUGGAGAAAUCUAUAACUACAAGCAGCUACAGAAACACUUUGGAUUUGAUUACCAGACGUUAGUAGAUGGAGAGGUAAUCCUGCAUCUUUACAACAGAGGGGGAAUUGAGCAAACAGCCUCUAUGCUUGAUGGCGUAUUUGCCUUCAUUUUGCUUGAUACUGCAAACAGGAAAGUGUUUCUGGGAAGAGAUACAUACGGAGUUCGACCAUUGUUUAAGGUCUUGACCGACGAUGGAUUCUUGGGUGUUUGCUCUGAAGCAAAAGGUCUUAUUGAUUUGAAACACAACAUGUCCUUUGCUCCCAAAGUGGAACCUUUCCCUCCAGGACAUUACGAAGUCUUGGAUUUAAAGCCAAGCGGCAAAGUGGCAUCAGUGGAAGUGGUGAAAUUUCACAGCCCUAAAGAUGAACCUCUGCACGCUGCCUACAGUACAGUACAAAAUCUACCCUCAGGCUUUGAUGUUGAAACAGUGAAGAGCAACAUUCGGAUUUUGUUAGAAAAUGCUGUUCGAAAGCGUUUAAUGGCUCACCGAAGAAUUGGCUGUCUCUUAUCAGGUGGCUUGGAUUCUAGCUUGGUCGCUGCAGUGCUGAUCAAAUUGAUGAAAGAACAAAAGAUUACCUACCCCUUGCAAACCUUUUCUAUUGGAAUGGAAGAUGCCCCUGACCUGCUGGCUGCAAGAAAGGUAGCAGCUCACAUUGGAAGCCAACAUCAUGAGGUUAUUUUUAAUUCUGAAGAAGGGAUUCAAGUCCUUGAAGAUGUUAUAUUUUCCUUGGAAACAUAUGAUAUCACUACUAUACGAGCGUCAGUGGGUAUGUAUCUGAUCUCUCAGUACAUCAGGAAAAAAACAGACAGUGCAGUCAUUUUCUCAGGAGAAGGUUCAGACGAGCUGACACAAGGGUAUAUCUAUUUUCAUAAGGCACCCUCUGCAGAAGAAGCAGCAGAGGAGAGCGAGAGACUUCUCAGGGAACUCUAUCUAUUUGAUGUCCUCCGAGCCGACAGGACAACUGCUGCCCACGGUCUUGAGCUGCGAGUUCCAUUUUUAGAUCACCAGUUUACUGCUUAUUAUCUGUCCUUGCCAGCAGAACUCAGAAUACCAAAAAAUGGAAUUGAAAAGCAUCUCUUAAGAGAGGCCUUUGAAGAUACUAACUUAUUGCCCAAAGAAAUACUAUGGAGACCAAAAGAAGCCUUCAGUGAUGGCUUAACUUCUGUCAAGAAAUCGUGGUUCUCAAUACUGCAAGACUACAUUGAUGCUCAGGUUGAUGACUUUUUGUUGGAGAAGGCAGCAGAGAAAUUUCCCUUCAACCCCCCAAAGACGAAAGAAGGCUAUUACUAUCGCCAGAUCUUUGAGAAGCACUAUCCGGGACGAUCUGAUUGGCUCACCCACUACUGGAUGCCGAAAUGGAUCAAAGCCACUGACCCAUCUGCCCGCACCCUGCAGCAUUACAAGUCUGCUGCAAAGGAAUAGGCACUUUAAAGGGAGGGGCUUUAGGCAGGUAUAGGAAGCUUCUGUCAACUUGUGGGGGUGGGGGCAGUGAGAAAACACAGCUUUAAAAUAAAAUAAAAACACCUACUUGAAUUAUUUUUACAUAAAAUAGGCCUGUGCUUUUUAGAAUCAUAGAGUUAGAAAAGACUACAGGGAACAUCCAUUCCACAAGGCAGUCCUACUAUUCACUCAAAAAUACAAGGAUUAUCCAGAAAGUGAAGUUACAAGGCACGUAGCUCUUGCAGGGAAUUUUCGAGGGGGAAAUUGGUAUCACUGCUGUGUAGUGGGAAGCCAGCAAAAGUGAACGAGCAGUGCCAAUCAUCAGUAGCUCAUUGACUGGCAUUGUGGUGAAGGUUAGAGAUGAGUGUCCUCAUUCCGUUUCUUCCAAGGUGAAGUUCACACUGUAAUACGCUACCUAAAUGCUAAGGGCAUGAACACCGCUGUGAUUCAUUGAGAAAUCAUUUCAGUUUAUGGCAAGGACGUAAUGUCAAGGGAGCAUGUGACAAAAUGGGUACGGAAUAUAUUAUGAGACCAUGAAGAAACUUCACAGAGCCAUCCAAAACAAAUGUUGUGGGAUGCUGAUGGCAGGAGUCUGUCUUCAUAAUAAUACGUGUCCACACACCACUCAUGAAACACAAGAGUUGUUGACUUCAUUUGGUUGGGAUGUUUUAAGCCACCCCACUCACAGCCCCCAUCUUGCACCCAGUGACUAUCAUCUGUUCACUAAAUUGAAGGAACACCGUGGUGGAAAACAUUUUUCCGACAAUGACGAGGUGAAAAUCAAAGUGACGAACUGACUGAAAAAGGCAAAGGUAAACUUCUAUGACACAGGCAUCAAAAACUUGUCCCAGAGAUGACAAAAUAUAUUGAAUUGAACGGUGAUUAUG